AUGCCGUCUCUCCUCGAUCUGCCCACCAAUAUCCUUUUCAUGCUUCCCCUUUACUUUGAUAACAUCGAAACAUUCAUCAGCGCAACAAGCACAUGUCGUAGGCUCCGCUCAAUCCUCUCCAACACUGUACCAAGGGUGAUUCUCCUUUUAGCUGCCCCCUCCGCCCCAACAUUCUUCUCUCCACAAUCGCACUUCCUGGUCAUGGCCGUGGCCCAGCAAGUCCUCAUCAAUGACCUCAAUGCGGGUUUCACACUCGAUCAGAUCCGCAAACUCUAUGAAGCCCGCUUGUCCAUCAUCAAUCCGCUAGCGGACGUAAUUGACAAGAUAGCCGGUGCUGCAUGGUACCAGACACCCAACUUCUGGGACAGGGGGCUUAUCAUCUACGGCAAGCUAUUUGGUAGUAGAAUGAAGCCAUUCCUGGAGCCUGGGUCCAGCGAGGAAGGGGCAGAUUCACCGCUCCCAUUCCUUGAUCUAGAUUCUAGACUCGACUAUGUCAAGGUCUGCAUCCUGGAUUGGGUGUGUAAGAGUUGUCCAGGAGUUGAAUCCUCACCCGUUGGUUCCUAUGCGCCUGAGAACCGGGAGACCUUACUGCCUGAUCAGUAUGAGCUUCGGCAUAUCCUGACCUGCAUGCGGUGGUGGUGGUGGUGCAUGUGGGCGGAUGUAAUGGCUAUGGCACUGAAGCAGCCGCCUCCUGUGUAUAUUGUUGGAGACGUGUUGCAGGUGCCCGUUUCAAAGCUCCAGAUCCCGAGCAGGUGUUUACAGCUAACACUCCUCGCAACCGCACUAAACGAAGAUGCAAUCCAGAUUAUUCCAUAUUAA